GUUCCACCUUCUUCUUCAACGCAACACUCGAAUUAUGAAGAAGAUACCCGAUUCAUGAUAGCCCCAUUUGGAGAUUCAUUCACGGAUUCUACGCAUGUUGUGAGGAGACUUAAUAAAAUAAUCGAUAACUAUUGGAUGGGGCAGUUUAGUAGUUGGACCACUGCUCCAAAAGAAGUAAAGGAAUUGUGGUGGAAUGAGUUCAAGGCAGAUGAAUUGGGGACGGAACCAACAUUUAUGGCUACAUUUGAACGCACCUUUCAGAAAAAAGAUAAGACAUGGACCGGCAAUCGAGCAAAAGUUAUUAAGGACAAAUAUGAUGAACUUGUAAUGAGCACGGCUGCUGCUAGUGGUGAUGGUGAUGGUGAUGGUGCUGCUGCGUCCGAGCCAUCUGUUGACAGUAUGGCAUUAUGGAUGGAGGCAUCGGGUGGAAUGAGAAGAGGUCAAAUAUUUGGGAUGGGAUCCUUGUCAAGGAUGUACAGAACGCCGGCUACUGCAACUUCAUCCUCCAGUGCCCUUUUUUAAGGGCACAACACGAGGAGCGAACGGACCAAGAAUUGAACCGCUUGAAACAAUUACUGGUACAGAAGGAUGAAG